AUGAGCUAAUUCAAGGAGAACAGUCAGAGUCCCAAUCUUAGAGACAAAAAGAUCUAAAACCUUAUCAGAAAUGCAGAUGUUUACGAUCUUAUUCAAUUGCAAAUGAAGGCAAGUGAGAACAAGAUCAGUUCAAUCGACAGAUUCAUCAACAUUGCACUCUAAAAUCAGAUUGAUUCUGAAAACAUGAAUCCAGGAGUGAAAAUUAGAAAUUCUCAACAAUAAACUUAAGGAAUGAACUCUAAUCCAAAUGCCUCUUCUAGUACAUUAGGAGGGUUAAAUCGUAAUGAUACUGAGAAAACCUUACAAGUUUACGGGUAAGAUUCACCCAUUAAGGAGAGUAAAAAGUGGAUUGUCCUGUCUAAACAAUCCUCACCUUCAAACAGCUCAAUCUACCAACUCAGAAAUCAUGCAGUCACUACAAUGAAGUCACCAUAGAGAUAACCUUUCACAGAAAACUCUAACAUCAUAAGCUUAGAUGAAAGAUCAUCUGAUAUCAAGAGCUAAUAACAAGAAAGCCCAGGCCAUUUAAAACUACCUCUGUAGUAAAUUAAAUCGACCCAUGAAUCAAGCCUCAGAAUUGAGGAUAGUCCAGAGCAAGAAUAGCUCACUGUACAACAAUAGCCACAAGCCCAACCUAUUCCAUAGACUCCUACUGUAGAAUCAAAUGAACACCUUUACGAUCACAUUAGAGAGUAGCUUGUCAAUAAUGAGGAAUCUCCAACUCAAAAUCUCUUUAAGUUCCAGAUGCAACCUGUGAAAGAAGGUUCAAUUAUAUAAAGUGAAAUUAGCUGCAGCUAAGAUCGCAGUCACUUCUAAGAAACAGACAUCUUGGAAAACAAUUCAAAUCAGAACCUCACCUAAAGUGAGAACUUAGCUGACAUGGUAAGAGAACUAACCAACAGAGAUCAGUAAAGAGCUCCUUAGAUAUACAAUAGAAGCAACUACUGCAAGCCAACUCAAAGUUCACAGAAUAAAUUCCUCCCCACCUCAGCUGCUGCUUCCAAUCAAAUUCUUGAUCAAUAAAAAGAUACUAGAGCUUAGAAUCAGUAAUCAUAUUUAAACAAAUUGUCAAAUGCAUAUUAAUCUUCAAAGUCACAGCACAGAUCAAAGUCAAAUAACAACAGAGACAGAUCCACCUCCAACAAUGCUAGAUCUGUAGUUGGCAGUACUCUUUCAAGAUUAAACAACGAGCAGUCUGCCUAGAAAUUCAACAUUAACCUUAACUAAGUUAAAGGCGAGGAAAAAGAAUAAGAUGAAAUGCAAGGAGAUGGAAUUUUUACUUGCAAGUCAAAUAACACCUAUCAAACCUAGUUCCAGACUCAGGAUAACAGAAGUUAAGCCACCAAAGUCAUUCAACAAGCCAUAAGAAAGCAACAAAGUAAGAAGUAGAAGUUAAAUGCCUCUUUUAAGGAGAUAAAUCUAGGUGUUUUCGUAGAAAUUGGUAGAAUUAAGAAACCUUCAAAGCAAGCAUAGCAAACAUUAAAAAUGUUCUGUUAACUAGUGAAUGCUCUUAGAGACAGACCUCUAAGUGAGGAUUUCAGUAACUGGCAAAACGUUCAAUACUUGAUAAACUAAAACGUCAACAAGUUCACUCAAGAGGUUCUUUCAAUCAAAUCCAGACUCAUUGACUUCAGCUACAGCUAUGAGCCAUUCAUUGAAAUCAAAGAGUAAUAUUUCCAGGAUGAAGCUCAAUAUCAACAGUCACUUAUUCAAUCUUCAUCAGAUAAGAACUGCAAAAUGCUGACUGUGUUCGUUUAUAACGUGGUUCACUAUGUCUUGCAUAAGCAAGCCAAGCUAUAGAGACAAGCCACCAAAGCACUUCUAGAUUAAAGCAUAGUUAGUGGCUCAAUUUACUCAAUGAACACUAUUGGCAACAAUGAAUCACCUUCCAAAUCUAUCAAUGCAAGCAUUCACAGCAGUGUCAUGUUCAACCAAAAUGUUUCUCAAUCUCAAAGAAAUCAUUCUAAGUUGUUUAAUCCAAGUGCUAGCAAGUAGAAUAACAAUGAAAAAGCAGAUGUUUCACCAAUGCCAAACAGAAACUCAAACAAAUCCCCAAUCAAUCAACCAAGCACCAGAUUGAUGUUUAACACGAAAGUCAAUCAAAUUAGUGAGAUCUAAGAGAAGAGGCAUAACUUUGUUAGCUCUCAGGUUCAUAAGACUCCAGUAAAAAUUUCUGGUUCAUUGCAAGGUACCUUAAACGGCAUCUAGUCAUCUAAGACUGCUAGAUAAUCACAAGAAAAGACUUCAAUGAGAGAUUCAAACACCAAGAAGCAACCAGCCACUUAUUCAAGUAACCAAAGUCAAAUCCAAGGUUCAAAUGCUGCUCAGCAAGAGUACAUGAAGAGUGGUAGUAAUCAAGUAGUCUUUUCUGGAAGAGGAACCAUGACUCCUAACAAUAACUCUGGUAAGCCUUAGAAAAAGUAGUAAAUUACUCAAGUCCAAGUAUCUUAAAGACUAUCAUCGAAAUCUCCUAUGAGAUUUGAAAGAAAACUCCCAAACUUUGUUGUAGUCCAAAGUCAAAAGCACACACCAAUUGCUGCAAAAGAUAAACCUGAAUUCGAAUCCUUUGACAAGAAGUUCUAGUCUCCCUCAAGAAAGGAUACUCUUAGAAUAAUCGAAAAUAACAACCAAUGUGUGUCACCUGUUAAAGUUGACCCCAUUCAAUCAUAAUAAGAAUAAUAGGAGGAAAAGCAAUAUGAAAUGAGUCCAGGAAGAAUCAAGGGUCUUGCUCAGCAACAGUGCAGUCAUAUGUUCUAAAUGAUCCUUGAUAAAGCUCAAGUGAUUCAAGAAAAUAUCAUGACUGAGAAUCAUAUCAGUAAAAAGAUUGAUUUGGGCAUAAUUGAAGAACUCAAGAGAAGAAGAAGAGAAGGUUCUCAAGUCAGAUAAAGUGGAAACCAACUUGAAAUUAGAAGGGAUGAAAUUAUUUAGCAAGUGCAAAAAAAUCUGUAAGAUGCUCAAUCUGAAAUCAAAGAAGAGGCAUGUGAGUGA